GCCUUCUUCAGUCGCGUCUAUCGGAAAGAAUUAUAUGACGAGAAUAUAUUGAACCUACACAUGAUGAAUGUUCCGGUAUUAUAGUUCAUUAUAUUAGAAUCUUCUCUCCGACCGAUCAUCUUCGCCACUCCGAUAAUCGCCGAUCGCUACGCUCCGAACAAGACGAACGACUUCUGCAGUUACAACAUGCCAGUCUCCAAUGCCAGAAAGACCUCCACCCCAUCAAAAGUCCCUUUUAGUUCCAAACCCAAGGGAUCGGUCAAACGAAACAGCAGCCUGCUCAACUUCUUCCAGAAGACGGACGGUCCCCCGCAAGCUACAUCGCGACAGUCUCGAAUUACGCAGUUUGCCACGAAAUCGGAACGCUCGCCGAGUAGCGGGAACAGCACGCCUGAUCUUCGAAGACAGAGCAGCUCCAAAUCGGUCGAUACUGCCGGGGGGUUAUUUCUGGAAGACAAAAAUGGCGCGGGGUCUCUUUUCGGAGGUAGUGGGGCGAGCACAAGAUCUGAACGAGCGAGGUCUCGAACGCCGGACGAUAUCUGGGGCGAAGACGCCGAUGAGCAAGAUGGGCCUGGUUAUGAGAAAUAUAAUGAGAAUGGAUCUGCAGUGAAGAAGCGGAAGGUGGAUUCGCCUCUGGAAGAUGGGCAAAAGAAGGCUUCGGAAGAGGUUGAUCCAAGCCCUGCGCCGAUACCCCCGAAGGCUCGCCAGAUUAGCGGCCCGUUUAUCGAUGAAUCCGAUAGUGAGGAUGAUAUUGGUCGAUUUGGAGAUCUCAAUGAAGAAUUAUCGGAAUCGAAAACAGACACAAAGACAAACGAAGAAAAGCCACGUCUCGAUGACAACGAUCACAAUUCGAUAGACAGUACACGACCGACCUCCGUCGUCCCACCAUUGGUAAGAGAAGCCACGAGCCACGUCGCAGACGAUGAAUAUACGAAUUUUGACGAUAUAGAAGAAGACGAAUUCAUUGGGGAAGACGAAACCCUAAACCAGGAGAACGACUACGAAGAUAUGGAUGAUGAUGGAGCAAUCGAUCUUGAUGAUUCGAACGACUCUACCGGUUUGGAAGAAGGCGACUUGAGUCCCUGCGGCGAAGUUCCCACAUGUCCCAUAUGUCAGGCCCAGCUGCCAGGGUUAAGCGAAGCUGACAUUUCGGUGCACGUGAACGACUGUCUUGAUGGAAAGCAAAGCACCAUUCCGGCAGUCUCAAAGCCUCUCAGUCCGCUGAAAGGCUCAAAGCCCGCCGAUAAGGCGUCAAUAGCCAGGCCCGCGCAAAGAGACCCUCACACAAAGAACAGUUCAUCGAAAACGGGAUCUGCUUUCUCAAAGCUCAUGGCAGGUAACGCCGAAGACACGGCGUGGACAACAGCCGCAGCACGAGAGGUGGCUUCUCGGGGGAAACAAGCAUAUCAACGCACCUGUCCGUUCUACAAGAUCAUGCCGGGAUUCUCCAUCUGCGUGGAUGCUUUCCGUUACGGAGCGGUUGAAGGCUGCAGUGCCUACUUCCUCACUCACUUUCACAGUGAUCAUUACAUUGGUCUCACAGCGUCAUGGCGCCACGGUCCCAUUUAUUGCAGCAAACCCACAGCCAACCUGGUUCGCCAACAACUCAAAGUCGAUCCUAAAUGGCUUGUAGGCCUGGAAUUUGAGAAGAAAUACGACGUUCCCGGGACCAAUGGGGUGCAGGUGACCUUGAUCGAAGCAAACCACUGCCCCGGAAGUGCACUAUUUCUGUUCGAGCAAACCACGGAAUCCGGGCCAUCGAUCAAAUUCCAACGUGUCCUGCAUUGCGGUGAUUUCCGAGCAUCUCCGGCCCAUGUGCAGCAUCCACUCCUCCGCCCGGAAGUUGUGGACUCUGCGACAGGCCGGAGUCGCCAGCAGCGGAUUGACGCGUGCUAUCUCGACACUACCUACCUCAGUCCCAAAUAUGCGUUUCCAAGUCAAGGGGAUGUCAUCAAAGCAUGUGCUGAACUCUGCGCUGGCCUCGAUCAAGGAUCGGAUGAGGAGUUUGGUCAGAUGGUCCGACAAUCCGGGUCGACAAAUUCGGGGCAAGGGAGCAUGAUGAGCCGCUUUUUCUCCUCCGUUACGGGCUCUGGAAAGUCGCAGAAGCAGUCUUCCGGGCCAAGCGGUCGACUGUUGGUGGUGAUCGGGACGUAUAGUAUUGGCAAGGAACGUAUCUGUCUGGGGAUCGCACGGGCCUUGAAAAGUAAGAUCUACGCCACGGCGGCUAAACAGCGCGUGUGCAAUUGCCUCGAGGAUCCUGAGCUAUCAUCUCUCCUGACGGAUGACCCGCACGAGGCUCAAGUGCACAUGCAGACGCUUUUUGAAAUCCGGGCCGAGACCCUAGCGGACUACCUGGAUUCGAUGAAACCGCAUUUCACGCGCGUGGUAGGUUUUCGACCUACCGGAUGGUCCUAUCGGCCCCCGGCCGGACGGAUGCUGGACAAUCCGCCGGUGUCGACCGUGCUCCACUCGGCUCACUGGCAGACGCCGUUUACGGCUCAGGACUUGGUCCCCCAGCGCGGCAGUACGCGAGAGAGUGCCUGCUUUGGGGUGCCUUACAGCGAGCACAGCUCCUUCCGGGAGCUUACCAUGUUCUGCUGCGCACUCCGGAUCGGUCGGGUGAUUCCCACGGUGAACGUGGGAAGUCGGAAAAGUCGGGAUAACAUGAAAGGAUGGAUUGAGCGGUGGGAGGCGGAAAAGAGGAAGAGCGGACUGUAUGAGUGGCGAUGCACAUAGCAGGGGGUUGUUCGCAUUUGUAAAUAUAGUGAGGCCUCACAAAUUCCUCCUCCAGGUUAGUUUUGCCGUCCCGGCAUGGUCAGCUUGUACAUAAAGACCACUCAUUUAAAGCGCACUCUGCUCUUUCCCCUAGGUAGUCUUCUUAUAAUAUUUUCUGUUUUUGCCUCUGUAUUACACUUUUUCCUACUUAUGCAUAGAUGAUCUCUUCCCAGCGACUUUCCUUCACACAUCGCUCGAGAUCCUUACAUUCUCUGAUACCCACCCCUUUCUCUGGGUUACCUACCUAACGAAGCUGGGCUGUGAUUAACCAAGUGUCCACCUUUUGGGUGCGGCUCACCACCACUUCGCAGCUCAUAUUUGAAGUUCUCAGUCAGCAGCGUCUGAGCAAUUAGAAUAGUACACAGGAUAUUUGGCAGAUAAUGUGGAAGCCACCGGUCUUUCGUUUAAUGCAUCGCCCUGUCCGCACACGGCUAAUUGCCCUUGUUCGAUAUUUCCCCAUGGACAUGGGGCGAACCUAUCGCGCAAGAGCACAUAGAAACGAAUCAAUAAUGAAGAACAUCAGUUUGUCUAUUCAUUACCCUGUAAUGGUUUGUUCUUUCUGCACAGUAACUGAUGAAUAGCAGGCCUUGGCACACAUGACCUGGAAGACUUAUUUAGAUAUACCUCCGGCCGAUGACUGAUAAACGAGAAACACCAACUAGAACAGCGUUAUGUAAAGUUCAACGUCGAAAGACUUUGUUCACGAACCGCUUCUCUCUUUGGUUCCGACACAAAAUG